AUGAAUAUCGACUUAAGCAUAAACUUGAUGGAGGACAUGGGCCGCCUUUGCUGGAGCGAACUGUAUUCGGAUGUGGAGUUUCUGGUGGAGGAUCAGCGCCUGCCGGCACACCGUCUUGUAUUGAUCGCAAGGAGUGAAUACUUCAGGGUCAUGCUCAAGGGAGGCAUGGCCGAGUCGCAGGAGCGUCAGAUUCGACUGGAGGUGCCGCUGAACCCAUUUAAGCUGAUUCUAGUCUACAUUUACACGGGAACUCUGACACUGUUCACAGUGGACGUGGAUGUCGUGUUCGGUGUACUUGAAUUGGCCAACUUCUACGGCUUCGUGGAACUCGAGAAGGCCAUAAUCAAACAUCUGAAGAAGAAGCUAUGCAUAGAUAAUGUCUUGGCUACCCUUAAUGCGGGACGCCGCUACAUUCUGCAAAAACUAGAUACAAAAUGCCUCAAGUUCAUCGACAAACAUGCAAAGCAACUACUAAAGCACGAGACCUUCUACUCUCUGCAACAGGAAUCACUCGAGGAAAUACUGCAGCGCAACACGUUCUAUGCGCCCGAGUUGGCCAUUUUUGAGGCGGUGUGGAAAUGGAGCCGCCACAACCCGGAAAAAAACAUUAAAUCGGUAGUCUCCCACAUACGUCUGUCGGUAAUCAAAUCCGUCGAUUUGCUGAAUGUGGUGGCUAACUCGAGAAUUGUCGAGAUGAAACAAAUAACCGAAGCCAUCAUAGAGAGGAGCACCCAAAGUUAUCUGCCCCACCGUUACAGAUGCGUCAAGAAGCAUCGUCUGAGAGUAGAGCACAAAAAUAAGCGAAAGACCUUUGAUCUUGGCAAAAUGUACUUGAUCAACAAGAUCACAAUUAUUGCAAAAUACCAGGUGGAUACACAAUAUGAUUCUAAAGUCAAAAUGCAGGUUUCCUGCAACAAGUUUGACUGGGAGAAUUUGGAAAUUCCUUUGUCGCAGAAUGCCCCAUAUAUGUGUUACGAGCCGAAGAAAAAGAUGCUGUUUUUCCGCUUCUGGGACCGACCCGUUCGCUACAUUCGGGCCCGGUAUCCCUCGCUGGGCUGGGCUGGGCACAUCUUUGACAUUUACACGAAUAUCUCCUGCGCCUGUGCCUUUGCCUACUACGCCUGUCUCUAUGUCUCCGUCGUACGUGACAUUUGGGCAAUUGGCUGUUUGGACAUUUUCAAGUGGUAA